UAUAAAUGCAUGUAAUUCUACAAUAAGAAACAGUUAUAUGAUAGUUUCUGAUCGAAAUGGAUCGAACACUAACUAAAACUCGGACAAUUUUUAAUCAAUUAAUUAUUCGUCAUUACGGUAAUAAAGUGGGGAUAAUUGGAGUACCCUUUGACAAAGGACAAGAAAAGAAAGGAGUGGCACAAGGACCUAAGGCAAUUAGAGAAGCAAAUCUGAUAGAUGAAUUAAAAAAAUUAGAAUUAGAUGUACGAGAUUACGGUGAUAUACACUAUAAAAUAAAUAACAAAAAUGAUAUAAAAAAUAUGAUACAUUUGAAUCAUGUGGCUAGUUGUACAAGUUCUUUAUCUGAACAAAUUCGACAAGUGUUACGCGAUAAUAGGCAAAUAUUAACAAUUGGUGGUGAUCAUAGCGUGAGCAUUGGCUCUAUCGAUGGACAUGUUAAGGAAAAACAAGAUGUGGCAGUAAUAUGGGUAGAUGCUCACGCAGAUUUAAAUACUAAUAAAACCAGUGAAAGUGGUAAUGUGCAUGGAAUGCCUGUAGCAUUGUUAACUUCGGAAUUAGCUGAUUAUUGGCCUUAUUUACCAGGCAUGGACUGGCAAAUGCCAAUGUUGUCCAUCAGAAAUGUAGCUUAUAUUGGUUUGAGAUCUGUAGAUCGCUAUGAACGAUUAGUAAUUGAAAAAUUUGGAAUUACUGCUUAUGGCAUGGAAGAUAUAGAACGUUAUGGUAUUCAUCAUGUGAUACAUAUGGCACUAAAUAAGAUAGAUCCACAUAACUCCAAAUCUUUACAUGUUAGUUUCGAUAUAGAUUCAUUAGAUCCACUCGAAGCACCUAGUACUGGAACUCCUGUACGCGGAGGAUUGUCUCUUAGAGAAGGAAUUCAUCUUAUGGAAGAAAUACACAGAACAAGUAGACUGAAUGCUAUCGAUUUAGUAGAAGUCAAUCCAGAUAUAGGUAGUAAACAAGAUGUGAAAUUUACUGUACAAGCAGCUAUACAUAUUAUUCAAGCAGCUUUAGGUUAUACAAGACGUGGUUUGAAAGUACCUGAAGGUGUUACUGAUUUGCCUUUACAAACAUUUCGUUAAUGUCUAUUCUAUAUUUUAUCAGUUAUCACAAUAUUUUUUAUACAUUUUAUAUUAAUUUUAAAAUAUACAUAAUUAUUUUCUUUGAGAAUAAACAAAU